AUGAAUUCAGUCGCCGAAUUAUCGGAAUCGGACGAAGUUAUUGGUACCGUCGAAGAAGAUAACGACGAUUCCGACAAUUUCCAGCCGACGACGUUCACAGAAGCGGAAAUAGCUAAAGAAGUAUGUCACCUCGCUGGAAAUACUACGUUCUGUAAAAUAGUGAAAGCCGCUUUGAGAAUGGAGAACCUAACCGAGAACCCGAAGAAGACGUUCGCCGAUUUGAUGUCUUUACCGACUAGACAGUAUCUGGAUAUAACAGUAGUGCCUAUUUUGAUAAACGCUCUCACUUAUUUGGGUAAAGAACGACCCGUCAAUCCUAUUUUAUCUUUAGCUGCUUUUUUGAUCAAAUACCGGUCCGUUUAUGAGAGUAAUUAUGAUCCGGGUUCCCAGGGGACUCCGUCGGCGUCAAAAGGAUCUAUAACAUCAAAAUUGUUCUAA